UGCCAACUCCAGGGAAAAGUUAGUCAUGUGGUUUUCAGAAGAUGAAAGCUUAAGAUAAAGACGGAGAGUGUUUGAUGCUGGAGGUGGGACUGGUGUUAUAUAGGUCUUAGCCGAAACAUGUGAUAGUCACUGUAGGGGUAGCUGGAAAGAGAAGUGUGUGGCUCAAUUAACCAGCUCAAACAGAUCCGUGAAGACGAGGGUAAGCAUGCUCCUGGCUGCUCUGUGCUGCCUGCUGUGGAGUUUCCGGACCUCCGCUGGCCAUUUCCCUCGAGCCUGUGCCUCCUCCAAGAGCCUGAUGGAGAAGGAAUGCUGUCCAGCGUGGACGGGUGACAGCAGUCCCUGCGGCCAGCUCUCAGGCAGGGGUGCCUGUCAGGACAUCACGCUGUCCAAAGCUCCACUCGGGCCUCAAUACCCCUUCACGGGGAUGGAUGACCGGGAGGCCUGGCCCUCCGUCUUUUAUAAUCGGACCUGCCAGUGCUUUGGCAACUUCAUGGGAUUCAACUGUGGAAAUUGCAAGUUUGGCUUUUGGGGACCAAACUGCACAGAGAAGCGACUUUUGGUGAGAAGAAACAUCUUUGAUUUGAGCGUCCCAGAGAAGAACAAAUUUCUUGCCUACCUCACUUUAGCGAAGCAUACUAUCAGCCCAGACUAUGUCAUCCCCAUAGGCACCUAUGGCCAAAUGAAUAAUGGAUCUACACCCAUGUUUAAUGACAUCAAUGUUUAUGACCUCUUCGUCUGGAUGCAUUACUAUGUGUCAAGGGACACACUGCUUGGAGGGUCUGAAAUCUGGAAAGACAUUGAUUUUGCUCAUGAAGCCCCUGGUUUCCUGCCUUGGCACAGACUCUUCUUGUUGCUGUGGGAACAAGAAAUCCAGAAGCUGACCGGGGAUGAGAACUUCACUAUUCCAUAUUGGGAUUGGCGAGAUGCUAAAAGCUGUGACAUUUGCACAGAUGAGUACAUGGGAGGGCACAACCCAGCAAACCCGAACUUACUCAGCCCAGCAUCCUUCUUCUCCUCUUGGCAGAUCAUCUGUACCCGAUUGGAGGAGUACAAUAGCCGUCAGGCUUUAUGUGAUGGAACUCCAGAGGGACCAUUACUGCGCAAUCCCGGAAACCAUGACAAAGCCAGGACCCCAAGGCUCCCCUCCUCUGCUGAUGUGGAAUUUUGCCUAAGUCUGACACAAUAUGAAUCGGAUUCCAUGGAUAAAGCUGCCAAUUUCAGCUUUAGGAAUACACUGGAAGGAUUUGCUAGUCCACUUACUGGGAUAGCAGAUGCCUCUCAAAGCAGCAUGCACAAUGCCUUGCACAUCUAUAUGAAUGGAACGAUGUCUCAGGUACAGGGAUCUGCCAAUGAUCCCAUUUUUCUUCUUCACCAUGCAUUUGUUGACAGUAUUUUUGAACAAUGGCUCCGAAGGCACCAUCCUCUUCAAGAAGUGUAUCCAGAAGCCAAUGCACCCAUUGGACACAACCGGGAGUCCUACAUGGUUCCUUUUAUACCUCUAUACAGAAAUGGUGAUUUCUUUAUUUCAUCCAGAGAUCUGGGCUAUGACUAUAGCAACCUACAAGAUUCAGAACGGGACAUUUUUCAAGAUUACAUUAAGCCCUUCUUGGAACAAGCAAGUCGGAUCUGGCCAUGGCUCAUUGGGGCUGCUGUGGUAGGCUCUGUCCUCACGGCUGUGCUGGGAAGGCUCACUAGCCUAUUGUGUCGUCGCAAAAGAAAGCAGCUCCGUGAAGAAAGACAGCCCCUCCUCAUGGAAAAGGAGGAUUACCACAGUUUGUUGUAUCAGACUCAUGUAUAAAAAGCUUAGGCAAUAGAGUAGGGCCAACAAGGCUGACCUCACUUUAACUCAAAUGAUGUUCAAGUCCCCAGGGGAUGUUCCAAGAGCAGUCCCCGGUAUUGGUUUGUGAAGACUGUUACCAGAAUUGCCAUCUAAUACAAAAGGUACCCCUCCUCCAAUUCAGGGAGAAUACACCUGUGCUUGCCUCACUGCCUUUUUGAUCAUCCCUUUGACAGUUUUCCUCAAACCCAUAUCUCUAACAAAAGGAUGCCAUUUGGUAAUGAGUAACUGCUACUUGUAUCUGAAUGAAAGUGCUCUCAUAAAAACGUGGGAAUAAUUUUGAUUUUUCCUCCUGAUUGUUUAAUGAAAUGUUUCUUUUUUAUUGUCUUCUUUCUUUGAUUUUAAUAAAAUGGUAACAAAUUGACAUAAACUGACUCCUUUGAGCUUGGGAAGUACAUUUUUGUUUUCCUCAGAAAGCAUGUUUCUUUUAUAUUUUACAUUCUUGCUCCAAAAUGUAUUAGGAACUUCAAAUAAACAACAACCUUUAGCUCUUUC